AUCUGGACUUCCCGCGACGCCCCGGUGCAGCCCCCCCGCGAAGCCCAGCGCAGCUCAGCUAAGCUCAGCCGAGCGAGCGCGGCGCGAUGGACGGUCGGGUGCAACUGAUGAAGGCCCUCCUGGCCCGGCCCCUCCGGCCCGCGGCGCGUCGCUGGAGGAACCCGAUUCCUUUUCCCGAGACGUUUGAUGGCGAUACCGACCGGCUCCCGGAGUUCAUCGUGCAGACGGGUUCCUACAUGUUCGUGGACGAGAACACGUUCUCCAACGACGCCCUGAAGGUGACGUUCCUCAUCACCCGCCUCACGGGGCCCGCCCUGCAGUGGGUGAUCCCCUACAUCAAGAAGGACAGUCCCCUCCUCAGUGACUACCGGGGCUUCCUGGCCGAGAUGAAGCGGGUCUUUGGAUGGGAGGAGGAUGAGGACUUCUAGGCCGGGAGACCCUCGAGCCUGGUGGCGGGUGCUCUGGGGAGGGUCCGCUGUGCCAGUGGCCACCGCCAGGGUCUCCACAGGCGCCCUCCCUCCGCGCCUCCCUCCCCCUCAAGCCGCCGCGAUGUCCCCUGCCCUCCUGUCCCCUCCCGAGUAGUGCUUGCCUUUGUUCCAGGAAUAGCGUUCCAGGCUCCUGCUGUCGCCCCUGGGCCUCACUGUGGAGCGGGCUACCUCCACCCUCUCGUGCCAGCCCAGCCCCUCCCAUGCACAUUUGGACGCCGUCCUGCGCUCCAGCUGCACAAAGCUGGGCUCCUGUUACACACUGGACAGACCACUCACAGCCGCCGCUGCCAACCCCCCUCCACUCCUCCAGACUGCCAGACGACUACAUCAUGCUGCCCACAGACCUGCGCUGCCACUGCCAUCGCCAUCCAUCGCAUCCCACCGACAGACUGCUGCUUCUAGUAAUCUGGACUCACCUCGGAGGUAUCUGGGCUGGCCACAACCCCUGGACGAUGAUCCAGACAGCUGGCUGCCCCUCAAGGGGCCUGUUACCUUCAGAGAGACCCAUUUCCUCCCCAAUCCCAGAGACUUUUUGUGCUCCUGCCACAUGGCUGCCAGGGCUCAGUUGUGCCUGGCAGCCAAAUCGAGUCCCUCAUUUUCUCUUGUGGACCAGUUAGUUUUGCCCGUAUUCCAUUUCUCUUCUAAAUUUGCAGCAUUUUCUCAGGUGCUUUUUGAUCAACAAAAUAACUUGUUUCUUCUACUCAACUCCUUUAUACUACCUGGAGAAAUGUAUUUUCCAUAUUUCCAAUAAAUGUCAGACACUAUUGAAAAAGAAA